UGGAGACCCUGCGCGAGCGGCUGCUGAGCGUGCAGCAGGAUUUCACCUCCGGGUUAAAGACUUUAAGUGAUAAAUCAAGAGAAACAAAAGUAAAAAGCAAGCCCAGGGCUGUUCCAUGUGUGUCAAAGUACUCUGCUGGAUUAGAAUUACUUCGCAGGUAUGAAGACACUUGGGCUGCACUUCACAGAAGAGCCAAGGAAUGUGCAAAUGCUGGAGAGCUGGUGGACAGUGAGGUGGUCAUGCUUUCAGCGCACUGCGAGAAAAAGAAGACCAGCCUCAGGGAGUUACAGGAGCAGCUCCAGCAACUGCCGGGCCUAGUAGCCGAUCUGGAAUCCAUGACUGCAAACCUGACUCACCUGGAGGCCAGCUUUGAGGAGGUGGAACGCCACCUGCUGCAUCUGGAAGACCUGUGCGGGCAGUGCGAGCUGGAGCGACACAAGCACGCGCAGUCCCAGCAGCUGGAAAGCUACAAGAGAAAGAAGAGGAAGGAACUCGAAGACUUCAAAGCUGAACUGGAUGCCGAGCACGCGCAGAAGGUCCUGGACAUGGCGCACACGCAGCAGGCGAAGCUGAAGGAACGGCAGAAGUUCUUUGAGGAGGCCUUCCAGCAGGACAUGGAGCUGUACCUGUCCACGGGCUACCUGCAGAUCGCCGAGAGGAGAGAGCCUAUGGGCAGCAUGUCAUCGAUGGAAGUGAACGUGGACAUACUGGAGCAGAUGGACCUGAUGGACAUAUCUGACCAGGAGGCCCUCGAUGUCUUUCUCAACUCGGGCGGAGAAGAGAGCUCCGGGCUGUCGCCGGUGUUAGAGCCUGCAUCCAGCCCAGGUCCGGAUGAAAUUACUCUCCAGGUUCCAGAUCCUGCUCAGCUACGAGCCAGGCUGCCCUCCCUGUCCUCCUCCUGCUCUGAAUCGGCUACCCAGGAGCCCGGCGAGGGUAGGGGGUCGCCAUCGCCCCUGGUGCAGUCUGACGAGGAGGAGGUCCAAGUGGACACGGCGCUGGCCACCUUGAGCAGCGACAGGAAGGCCACCUCAGAUGUUACUGAUGACAGUGACUCCUAAAUGAGGACGCUCUGACCAUGACCGCAGGAGGCCCGAGAGACGGGCACGCGCCGUGACCUGUGCCGCUGCUGGUUUAGGGGAGGGUCUCCAUUUGUGCCGCGUUGCCAAUGGUGUGUGAGACACACGUGCAGCCGACUACAAUAAAGUCUGCAGACUGUCAGCAUUAGAA